AAGUAAGUUUGCCGGAAGUAGGCUUGCACCCUCUUUUCCAUCGGCCGUAGCGGUGUAAUCGGUGGGUCAUCAUGAAGAUCAAUCCGUUUGUGACCUCAUCCCGGCGUAAGAACCGCAAGAGGCACUUCAAUGCCCCGUCACACAUCCGCAGGAAGAUAAUGUCUUCACCUCUGUCCAAAGAGCUCCGCCAGAAAUACAACGUCAGGUCCAUGCCCAUCCGGAAGGAUGAUGAGGUCCAGGUGGUCCGAGGACACUACAAAGGCCAGCAGAUUGGCAAAGUUGUCCAGGUAUACAGGAAGAAAUACGUCAUCUAUAUCGAGCGCGUGCAGCGUGAGAAGGCCAACGGAACCACUGUCCAUGUGGGCAUUCACCCUAGCAAGGUUGUGAUCACCAGGCUAAAGUUGGACAAGGAUCGCAAGAAGAUCCUUGAGCGCAAAGCCAAGUCACGGCAAGAUGGCAAGGAGAAGGGCAAAUACAAAGAGGAGACCAUUGAGAAAAUGCAAGAGUGAACAUUACCUUUUUGCUAAUAAUAAAACAUUAAGAAAAAGGA